ACAGUGACUGUUCACUUCUGGUUCAUAUUUGCUGUGUAAUAAGAGAGCGGCGGGUUGUUAAACAAGAAGCCACAGCAACACUGAUAGACGAAUAACGCCGCACGUGUUUAUUUUAUUUAUUUUUUCCUUAAGGAAGAACUUUAGCGUUAACGAUGGAAUACCUAAUUGGCAUUCAAGGACCUGAUUUUGUUCUGGUGGCCGCCGAUACAGUGGCUGCUAGCAGCAUCAUUCAGAUGAAACACGAUUAUGAUAAGAUGUUUAAACUCAGUGAAAAAAUACUGCUACUAUGUGUUGGAGAAGCUGGAGACACUGUUCAGUUUGCAGAAUACAUUCAGAAAAAUGUGCAGCUCUAUAAAAUGAGGAAUGGGUAUGAACUCUCUCCUGCUGCCGCUGCCAAUUUCACACGCAAGAAUCUAGCCGAUUAUCUGCGGAGUCGGACUCCAUAUCAUGUGAACCUGCUGCUGGCAGGGUAUGAUGAACAUGAUGGACCUGCCCUCUACUAUAUGGACUACUUGUCUUCAUUGGCCAAAGCCCCAUUUGCUGCUCAUGGUUAUGGAGCUUUUCUCACUCUCAGUAUACUCGACAGAUACUACAAACCAGAACUAACUCGUGAAGAGGCUGUGGAGCUACUGAAAAAAUGUGUGGAUGAGUUGAACAAGAGGUUCAUCCUUAACCUUCCUGCUUUUAAUGUUCGACUCAUCGAUAAACAUGGUAUUAAGGACCUAGAAAAGCUUCCCCUUGCCACAACCAGCACCUCCUGAUUUUUGAAAUUGGCCAGCUUCUUAUUUUAUACUCGGUUGCCUGUAGUUUCUUGUGUAACAGAAUAAAAUAAAAACUCUUAAUGUUCUUUUUGUA